AUGCGAGUGCCACGAACGCGCCAAAGGACGACGGUGUUCCUGGGCCAACCACAAAGGAGAAGUCCCAAGUCAAGGCCGAGGAUGUUCAGCAUUUCUUUGGCCACUUGGCGGCGCAUCCUGUCCAGGAAUACCGAUGAAUUCUGUCGCAAUACCACAAUUCAUGGUCUGAAGUACAUUAACAACAGCAAGUUGAGGGGCAGCGACAGACUCUUUUUUGGCAUCGCCUUGCUGGCAGUCGUGUCCGUUGCGGUGUAUCUGAUACAGGACGCCUUCGAUAAGUGGAACACCACCCCAGUGAUAGUUGGCAUCGACCCGGAACUGACUUCCAUCACCAACGAGCCCUUUCCGGCGGUGACCAUCUGCAAUCUGAACCAGGCCCUGGCCGACAGGGUCGUCCACCUGGCCAACGACUCUGCCGAGUACGCGAUGCUCCAGAUGCUGUGCCGGCGACCGAUGGACGCUCUGCAGACCACCUCGUCGUCUGCCAACUCUUCCAACUGGGAGGAGUUCAUCAUGAAUAUAUCCCAGACGUGUCAAUCAAUGGUGAUUGGGUGUCGAUUUGGCGGCGACGACUACGAGUGUGCCCGACUCUUCAAUCCCAUUGUCACGGACGAGGGCCUCUGCUGUGUUUUCAAUAUGCUGCACCCCAGGUUUAUGUACCGGAAAAGUGUACCCCUCUCACAUCGGAAUGUGAGCCUGCCCCCGGGAUUCCUGUCCGUCAAUUGGCACGCCGAACUGGGCUACAAGAGGCGUGGCACGUUGGGAGACGGGGACUUGCCGCUGUAUCCCAGACGGGGCCAGGGCACCGGCGAGUCCUUGGGGCUCUCACUGACGCUGGAUGUGCGCGCGGACGCCUACUACUGCUCCUCGUCCAGCAGCAUCGGCUUCAAGAUCGCGUUGCACAGCCCGAAUGAGUCGCCGAAUGUGCGGGAAAUCGGUGUUCUUCUGGCCCCCGGGAUGGAAACCAAGCUCCGGAUAGACCCGGCCAAAAUAUUGACGGAGAAGCACCUGCGGUGGGUGGAUCAAAAGUACAGACGGUGUUUGUUUCGAAACGAACUGAAGCUGCGCUGGUUUGCCCACUACACUCAGAGGAACUGCGUGGCCGAAUGCCUCUCCGGGCUGUUGGUGCUCCACUGCGGCUGUGUGGCCUUCUACAUGCCGAGGCUGAAGUGGAACGAUACCAUUUGUCCGGUGGGCAAGAGGAGUUGCGUCGAGUUGGUGCGACUGCGGACCAUUGAGGCCGUGGAGUCCUGUCUGGAGGAGUGCCUGCCCUCCUGCUUCGACCUCUCCUUCAGCAUUACGGCGUACUCCACGAAAAUAGCCUUCGGCGGCUUCAACCAGAUUCACCCGAACAGUCACUGGAACUUCUCGGAGAAAUAUGUGGAACGCAAUGUGGCUGUGGUGAAUAUGUACUUCAAGGAUCCCACUUUCAGGGCCAGCAAGCAGACGGAGUUCAUUGGGUUCUCCGAUUUCUUAUCUUGCGUUGGCGGCCUGAUGGGCUUGUUUUUGGGCUUCAGUUUCCUCUCCAUAGCCGAGUGUAUUUACUUCGCCCUCAUUCGUCCUUGUCGCACCUGCUCGGAACUGCGGCAACUGCGCCAGGAUCAGGAUAAGGAGAAGGAGAAGCAGAAACCCCAUAUGAUACCCAGAAAUGUGCCACUCCCAGGCAAUAUCAAAUACAUAUCGGCAGCAAAUUGGUUUCAGGCCGAAAUGGCCCAUCCACAGCCCCACAGGCUGCACUUUAAUCCAGCUUAA